AUGUUUGUAUUAUAUUGGUUUGGUAUUUUCCUUUUAUUCUUCAAUUUGGAUCAAUCCUUAGGGAUUGGGUGUGAUAAACCGACUCCCAUAGAAGAUAACAGCCAGUUAUCCCUGAUUCAAAGCUGCCAAAUUGUAAAUGGUGAUUUGGUGAUUCAAAAAUUUAAAGACCCGUUGAUUGAAUUGACUAAUUUGGAGAAAAUCAACGGGAACUUGAUAAUCAAGGAGUCUGCUGAGUUGGUGAGAGUUGAGGCACCCAAGUUAACAAGCUUGAAUGAAUUGAAAUUGAGCCAAUUGACUUCUUUGUCUUUAGUAAGUUUUCCGAAUCUUAGAAACGUUAAUUCUUUGAACUGGCAAGUGAUUCCGAUUUUAUCCAACAUUAGGUUUUCUUCGGAUGUGAAGGAUAUCGAGAACAUAGUAAUCAGUGACACAUCAUUAACAGGUUUCUCAGGAUUCCAAACGAAAGUUUUAAGAAACUUGGAUAUCAAUAAUAAUAGAUUUUUGGAAACCAUAAACUCGAAUGUUGAAAGUAUAACCGGCAAACUUAAAAUUGUUUCAAAUGCAUCAAACUUGAAAUUGUCUCUCCCAGAUUUGAAAUCAGUUGAUACUGUUAGUAUAAAUGAUGUUGAAGAGUUAAAUUUAUCAGGAUUGAAGGAGAUUAAUUCAUCCAUUAGUUUGAUAAACAACCAUUUCCAGAAAUUAUUGUUAGAAAAUCUCACAAGUAUUGGUGGCACGCUUUCAAUUUCAGAUAAUACAAGAUUGUCGGAUAUUGAUUUGAAAAAUUUGAAAGAAGUAAGAGGAGGGCUAAUGAUUAUUAACAACACUGACAUCUCACAAGUUGACUUUUUGAAAAAACUCCGAGUGAUAGACGGUGGUCUAGAAGUCAGUGGUAAUUUAGAAUAUUUGGAUUUUCCUGAAUUGAAGUUAAUUAAAGGUUCGGUUAAAAUCAAAUCUACCAAUAAAAAGUUCAAUUGCAAUAAAAUCAUCCGAGAAAAAUUGAGUUUGGCGUUGAGAGGGGGGAAGAUUACUUGUGAGUCGAUAGACCCAAGCAAUAAUUAUAGGUCCAUUGAUGGUUUAAACGAUCUCGAAGAUGUCAAUAACAAUUUUGGAUAUAACGCAACACAGAUAUCCAAUGGUAAUAGAUUAACCCCAAUUAUCAUGCAAUUGAUGAGAAGUGUUUCAACUUUUGCUGGAGGAUUAUAG